AUGGGGGGCUGGGAAAUCUUCUGCGCCAUCUGCGGGGGCACGUUCUUCAGCUCGGUGGACAUCGAUUGCGAGAACACGGACGAGUACGCCUAUCGCGACACGGUCCUCGGAGAGAGCGACGUGUCCUGGCUGGGCAGGGUUCGCGGGCUUGGCAUGAAUGACAGUGCUCCAGGAAACGACCGAUCGUAUUUGACGGGCGUGGGCCGUUACUGGGAUUAUACCCCAAUUCCCCCUUUCACAACCAAGAAGGUCAUCCCACCGGGGCUCCCCCAUAUCUUCCCCUUUCAUUCCCUCUGCUACGAGGAUAUCCUCCAGAGAUGCAUCCAGCAAGCCCGGCCGGGGCCCAUCCGAACGGAUGUUCUAUUCCAGCUCUUUGAAGGGUUGAACACGACCUGGCACCACAUCCCGCGGCUGGUCUCCACGCUUUCUCCGAUCAUGGACUUCGAUCGCAAGUCGGAUGCGACACACGAUCCACCGACGCGAGAUAUCUUCUAUGAAAUUCCUUUCGAGCUGCGACACGAGAUCAUGAAGUAUCUCCCCGUGGCAUCCAUCUUAGCCCUCAAGGCUGCAUCCCGGCCCAUGCACGCCACGCCCAUCUCCGGUGAUGCAUGGCGGCAAAGACUACAGGACGAGCUACCCUGGCUGUGGGAAGUUCACGAGGUGGAUCUUUUCCAAUCGCGCGCAAUGGAAGGACGAGCAGCAGGGGCUCUCAUGGACAUUGACGAAAAAAGUCGGUAUACGCCGGCGAACGAUGAGUACAUUCUGGGACUGGCAAAUCGGAGACGGAUCUGGGGGGUGUGCGAGGAGAUUCGAGCGUUGUAUCUCGAACAAGUGGAUGGUUUGUGA